AUGAUCAAAGUCCCCCAGGACCAGUGUAAACUAUGCUCACGUCCUUUUGACACCUACCACUGGCAAUACCACGGCUCCCACAAAACCGUUAUCUGUCAUACCUGCUCCACCGUGAGAAACUGUUGCCAGGGUUGUAUGUUGGACCUAAACUUCCUUAUCCCAUUGGAUAUCAGGGAUACCGCUUUAAAGAUGAGUGGGUUAGAACAUUUGGUGCCACAAAUAUCUUCCACCAGAAAUGAGGACGUUAGGGCCGCUAUAGCUGAUAAACAAGACGGGAAAGUCUCGCUAAUGUCUAGUGAGAAAGCUAAGGAGGUACUUGAAAAGCUUGCUGCCGGUUUAAAUCAAACUAAGGUCAACCCUAAGUCCACAAAAUCCACAGUAUCACCAGAAUUGUCAAAAAUUAUCAAGAAACUACCGUUUAACGGGAAUUUGACUCCUCCUUCCACCGAUAUAACGUCAUUUUUCAUCUUUGGUAUUGAUCCUAAUCUUCCCCAAUACUUAAUCAGUGAUUAUGCCUUAAAAUUCGGCAAACUCAAGACCAUUAAUGUGAUCCAUUCAGCAAAAAUUGCAUUUGUGGAGUUCACAAAAAGAAGUUCCGCAGAAGCAUUCGCUGAGUCGAUUAGUGCAAAGAAGGGCCCAGGACUUUUAGUUUUAGGGAGGUUCGCGGUACGAGUGGUAUGGAGUGAAGUAAUGGUUUUACCUACAAAUGAAUAUAAGAAAGUCUCGUUGGUAGUAGAUAAGGUGAUGGUACAAUUAGCUAAGAGGAAAUAA